AUGCUCGCGAUCAUCAAAGGAAUGGUCCUACUCUCGCGAUCACAUGACCCCGUCUAUCACCAUCUCACCAAAUCCAAAAUCCCGCGCUAUAUCACUGAGUGGGGACACUCAGAAUGUAAGUCCCCAGGAGAUGUAGAGACUCGUGCCUCUCAAUGCCGGACAUAUGGCCCCACGAACCACAUAUUCCUUACAUAUUCCAGCUCUUAUCCGAAGGAUCAGUCAUACGCGCUCCCGCGCGCGCGCCAUACGUUCGCGCCUCGUUCGCGCGCCUCAUACGCACUCGCGCGCUUCCGCGCGCAUCCGCGCGCGUCCGUGCGCCUCCCCUUAGGUCUUCUCGUGCCUACCCUGCGCUCCCGCAUACGCGCGCACCUCUCGCAUCUCGCGCGCCCUCGCAUCGCUCACGCGCGCCUUCAUAUCGCUUACGCGCGCCUUCGUGCGCGUUACCUUCUCGCGCCUACCAGCGCCCGUCUAGUUGACAGAGUUUCCCUCCACCUUAUUCGCGAGGAACUUCUCUCAGUAGCUGUCCUUUGGGUCGAGCUGUAUUCUCGUAUCCAGAUUCCUCACCUUCAACGCGCAUUCACAGCAUCCGCGCUGUGUAAUCUGAUGCCGGCUACGCCCAACAAACCAUCACUCAUGAUGUAUAGAGGUACUGAUGCAGUGUGUGAAUACGACAAUCCCGACCUCAUCCCUGGGAUGUUCCCCACUUUGUUCCCGUUCGGCAUAGGUGGUUUUGAUGACAAGACUCGACGCACCCCUCUGGGUUUCCGCCGGCAAAUUGAGUACACGCUCGAUCUUGCAGAUAAAUCUUUUCGCUACCAUCGUACCUACAUGUUUGUCACGCUGAACAUAUGGCAACGCCGGAUGGCCCACCUCCAUACACAUUUCACUGUCCAUCGCGCCCAUUUCGACACCUUAGCCAAAAGCCUCGCUUCUGUGAGUGCGACGACGCUGACUCGAGUGGCUGAACAUCUAAAAAAAGAAAAAUCGUAUUCUUCACUCGCUCCAGCUGACUGUGCAGCGCUGAAUUUGCUCAACAAGGUGAACACAGUCGCUGCUCGAAUCCCUGGAUCGCAGUCCUCCAAAAUUCACAUCUGGAACGAAAUUCGUAGCUACUUCGGUAUUGUUGUUUCUACAACGGUUGAUCUCACUCAACGAUAUCCUGUCUUGGUCUCAGCGCGCGAGCGUGCACUUCGCCUCGCUCAGGAUCCAGUUGCUGCUGCUGAUUUCUUUCAAUUCUGCGUGAAAGCUUUGUUCGCACAUUUGUUCGGAUGGGACUUUGAGACUGCCACAUCCACACCCACGGGCGGCAUUUUGGGGCAUCUGGAAGCUUUCUACGGAACUAGUGAGUUCACAGAGCGAGGGAGUUUACAUGGCCAUUUUGUCAUCUGGCUGUUGGGCGGUCUCAAUCCUACAGAGUUGCACAGUCGCUUGAACGAUCCCCUUUAUCAAGCCCAGUUCUUCGCGUAUUUCGAGGACAUUAUCCAUCAUCAUUUGCCUGACAUAGAGUUGGAUGUGGACCCUUCUUUCGAGCCUCGAACCCAAAGACCUCCUGUACCUCUGGACCUGUCGUUGAUCGGCCAGAGUCCCCAAAGCGUGCUUAAUGAAUGGGAGUCUGUCAUGGCGACCGAUGUCCUGCAUGAUACGGGAAUCAUGCAUGGACAUAACUACUACUAG